AUGGGAGCGACAGACAGCAAGUUAGCAUUUCGAAAAGGUGUAUUCCGUUUGUUUGAGGAAAGAAGCAUUCCUGUGGAUGCAGAUGAUUAUUGGACACUUUUCUGGACACUUCCAGAAUCAACGGAUGAUGUGUUUUCACUUGUCAGUCAAUCUGACAUCCGUAGAGCAAGAGACACUGCGAAAGAGAAUUUGGAGACAUUGAUCGACAAGAUUAUUUGUCAAAUGGAUGAGAUUAUACAUGCACCCGUAUUCCCUUCUACACAACAUAGUACACUCCGUCUCUUGAAUUGUUGCAGAGUAUUAACUCGCAUUAUGCCAUACGUAUUCGAGAGCCCUGAAUGCGGAGAGUGGGAGACCUCAUUUUUUUGGACUCCGCGAUCCGUGAAAAGACUUGUACCCAAUACAAGUGAUGACCAAGACAAGCAAGAAGAUAAGGUUCGCCAAGAUAUUGAACCGCCCAGAGGAGAAGUUAUGAUAACCUUGGCUAUUCGAUGUUUGUUCCUUGCUGGAUUCUCUCUACCUCCUUCUAUGGCUACAUUAGAGUCACAUGUAAACUAUGUAAUAUGGGAGACCGGCGUUGGAUCUUCUACUCCAAUCGGAUCCUUCCGAGAUAAUGACACCAACAGAAAUGAAGCCCUCCGGCUUCUCACAGUCCUUUUAUCAAAGUCAAUGUAUAUCUCUCCUGGGCAGAUUACAACAAAGGAAGAUCCAUGGCUUCGAUUUAUAGUAACAAAAAUGGAACGAAAGGUGGUUCUUGCUUUAUUGUGCAGUUUGUUAAACACAUCCUGCAAAUAUAAUCCUUUGGGUUGGGGUGUUCCAUACAAUCAUGUCAUGUUCACAGAUACUCGAGAACAGCUUGUAUCUAUGUGCCUAAGAACACUUUUAGUCAUAUUAGAUUAUCGUUCUCCCAGAUCUGUUCAAUCUUUACGUCUCGAACAGCAGUUUGGGUCUUCUUCUAAACAGACCGAGUCCGGUGUAAAACAAUCUCCAAUCGAAGAAAAAGAAGAAAACAAUGAGAGAGAAGACAAUUUGGAUACUUCCGAUAAUCUCUUUAGACAUUAUCUUUCCAAACUCCAUCGAGCACAAGAUUUUCAGUUCCUCAUUGAUGGUAUUUACAGAAUACUUAGCUACCCAAUGCAGAGAAGUAUACAGGCUACUUCUAGUUAUUUUCCUAGUCCAAACAAACACAUUAAAUCUCAAGUUGGUUUUGUACGGAUGAGUGCCUUUAUUCUUCAAACUUUGUCUUCAGACCCCAUUUUUGGCUCGAAGCUUGAUAAGCCAUUUGAGAAUCCUUCAUCUUUACCCGUUAGCAUUCGGAUACCAUACUUUAAUGGAACUUACGCCGACUUUCUAUUGAUAUCCAUCUUUACGCUUAUUGCAACUUCGCGAGGCUCACUAUCGACACUCUAUCCAACCCUGGUAUUCACAAUUACCAACAUAUCACCAUAUGUCAAGAAUCUGUCUACAGCUUCUUCCAGUAAACUUGUAGCUUUGUUCGGAUCGAUAUCAGCACCUGGUUUUCUAUUAGCAGACGAGUCCAACCAUCGUCUGGUUGGAUAUCUCUUGAAAGCAUUCAAUAAUAUCAUCCAGUAUCGAUUUUCAGACAACCCAAGUUUCAUUUAUGCAAUUGUCCGUAACCACAAAAAGUUUGAAAGAUUGCGUGAUAUGACUAUGGAAAAUGCUCUUGAAGACAUAGAGAAUUCCCGCCUGUUGAAAGAAGGAGCUCAACGUUCCCAGCACAUUCCAGCAUCUCCAUCCCACUCCAUCCCCCCUUUAUCCCCAAGUAAAGAAGUUUCUGGAAGUCCAUUCACAGAGUCCGGUGGUGAUGUUUCUGAGUCAGAAAUAAGUGCUACCACCCGCGUCUCUGGCGAAUUAGGAUUAGACCAAGUCUCUGAUAAAGGAAGAUCGUCAUCUGUGGUGUCUACCGCAAGUCUUAUGCCAGGUGCAAAGCAUGGUUUUACACCAACAGAAGAAUGGGUGCAGAAAUGGCAUGAUCAGCUUCCUCUCAAGACAAUACUGGCGACAUUGGACUAUCUGGUGCCACAAAUAGAAGCAAUGUGCACAACCCAGUCGCUUACUUCUGACCAGCAAAUUCUCGACUUUCUGCGCCAUCAAUCUCUGAGCGGGAUUCUCCCUCAACCACAGCCUCUUUCGAUGCACAGAUUCCAGUGGAAUGAGUCGCUUGUAAUCUGGUUUAGGAGCAUGCUUUGGGGUCAGACCUAUGUAUCUUCAAUUGCAAAUCAUGGUCCAUGGAACGGAACUUCUGUAAAGCUAUUCCAGAUCAAACAACAAGAAACUCCCCAGAAUGAACCUCCUCCAUCUCCAACAACUCAAUGAAGGACUACCGUAUAAUAAAAGCAAGCUCAAUUUUACAAGAGUUUUAUCAGUUUAUACUCUUGUUAACCUUGUCUUAAAGCAAAUAUUUCUUAUAUUCAAAUGAUUAAAUAAACAAAUAAGCAACAAGUCAAUAUCAAUACU